AUGAAAUCUAUCUUAUAUCUAUAUCUAUCUAUCUAUUUAAUCUAUCUAUCUAUCUAUCUAUUAUUCUAUCUAUAUUUUAGUAUCAAUCAUAUCAUCUAUCUAUCUAUCUCUAUUAUCUUUUUCAUAUCUAUCUAUCUAUCUAUCUCUAUCUAUUCUAUCUAUCUUUAUAUCUCAUAUCUAUCUUUCAUAUCUAUUUUAUCUGUAUCUAUCUAUUUAUCUAUCUAUCUAUCUAUCUAUCUAUCUAUCUAUCUAUAUCUAUCUAUCUAUCUUUUCAUCUAUAUUUUAUAUUUUCUAUCAUUUUAUCUAUCUAUCUAUCUAUCUAUUUAUUCAUAUCUAUCUAUCUAUGAUCUAUCUAUCUAUCUAUCUCUUUUAUCUAUAUCAGUUUCUAUCUAUCUAUCUUUAUUCUAUCUAUCUAUCUAUCAAUCUAUCUAUCUAUCUAUUAUCUAUCUAUUUAGUAUUUUCAUAUCUAUUUAUCUAUCUAUCUAUCUUUAUUCAUAUCUAUCUAUCUAUCAAUCUAUCUAUCUAUCUCUCUUUCUACCUAUUUUAUAUUUUCAUAUCAGUUUAUCUAUCUAUGAAUCUAUCUUUAUUCAUAUCUAUCUAUCUAUCUAUCUAUCUAUCUAUCUAUUUUCAUACCUAUUUUAUAUUUUCAUAUCAGUUUAUCUAUCAUAUCUAUCUAUCUUUAUUCAUAUCUAUCUAUCUAUCAAUCUAUCUAUCUAUCUAUCUAUCUAUCUAUUCUAUCUUUCAUAUCAGUUUAUCUAUGAAAUCUAUCUUUAUUCUAUCUAUCUAUCUAUCAAUCUAUCUAUCUAUCUAUCUAUCAUCAUCUCUAUUUUAUAUUUUCAUAUCAGUUUAUCUAUGAAAUCUAUCUAUUUAUUCAUAUCUAUCUAUCUAUAUCUAUCUAUCUAUCUUUUAUCUAUCUAUCUAUCUAUCAAUCUCUUUUCUAUGAAAUCUAUCUUUAUCUAUCUAUCUAUCAAUCUAUCUAUCUAUCUAUUUAUCUAUUUUAGUAUUUUCAUAUCAGUUUAUCUAUCUAUCUAUCUAUCUAUCUAUCUAUCUAUCUAUCUAUCUAUCUAUCUAUCUAUUUAUCUAUUUUAUAUUUUCAUAUCAUAUUUUCAUAUCUAUCUAUCUAUCUAUCUAGCUAUAUUUAUUCAUAUCUAUCUAUCUAUCAAUCUAUCUAUCUAUCUAUCUAUCUAUUUCAUACCUAUUUUAGUAUUUUCAUAUCAGUUUAUCUAUAUAUCUAUCUAUCUUUAUUCAUAUCUAUCUAUCUAUCAAUCUAUCUAUCUAUCUAUCUUUCAUAUCUAUUUUAGUAUUUUCAUAUCACUAUCUAUCUAUCUAUCUUUAUUCAUAUCUAUCUAUCUAUCAAUCUAUCUAUCUAUCUAUCUAUUUCAUUCUAUUUUAGUAUUUAUCAUAUCAGUUUAUCUAUAUCUAUCUAUCUUUAUCUAUCAUAUCUAUCUAUCUAUCAAUCUAUCUAUCUAUCUAUCUAUCUAUCUAUCUAUUUUAGUAUUUUCAUAUCAGUUUAGCUUAUCUAUGAAUCUAUCUUUAUUAUCUAUCUAUCUAUCUAUCUAUCUAUCUAUCUAUCUAUUUUCAUACCUAUUUUAUAUUUUCAUAUCAGUUUAUCUAUCUAUGAAAUCUAUCUUUAUUCAUAUCUAUCUAUCUAUCAAUCUAUCUAUCUAUCUCUUUUCAUACCUAUUUUACUAUCUUUCUUCAUAUCUAUCUAUCUAUCUAUCUAUCUAUCUAUCUAUCAAGUUUUUCAUACCUAUUUUAGUAUUUUCAUAUCAGUUUAUCUAUCUAAUCUAUCUAUCUUUAUUCAUAUCUAUCUAUCUAUCAAUCUAUCUAUCUAUCUAUUUAUCAUACCUAUUUUAG